AUGACGAAGUACCUGAGUAUUAGCUCGCUGCUCAACACCAGUGCCUCGGCCGACGCUGGUGACGCCGGCGACGCCGAUGAUUCACAGCAGCGCCCGGGAAACAAGCCGUAUCCGCCACGCACAAACUCGACGGACAGCGGUCUGGCGCACGGCACGAAGCCCGAGGCACACAUGGCACCUCAGCAGAACCAGCAGCACACGCCGCUCCUGCAUUCAGUAGCAGCAGCAGCAGAAACACCAGUGCCUACCGUCACGGAUACAGAGAGCCAACAGCAUCUGUCGCCCCCGCAGUCACUACAGCAGCACCAAAAGCAGCAGCAGCAGCAACUGCAGCAGCAGCAACAGCAACAAUUAGGGCAGACGAUGCUUGUUUCUCCCCCGCCGCAUCAUCGCCAACAGCAGGUCACGUUUCAGCAGCAGCAGCAUCAACAAAUACCUCCCCCGCCGCCGCCGUUUGGCGCACAAUACUCAGUACCACCACCACACAAUACCCUGCCCUCUGCGCCACAGCACCACGGUGCUGUCGUAUAUCCACCAGGGCUUAUUCGCGUGCAGCCUGGCUACUCAGUGUAUGACUAUCGCUACUGGCCGUACCCACAGCACGGGUUCCCAGGGCCGAUGCCCCACCAUCCGCCGCCACCAUUGCCCCCACACAUGUACUCUACACCCAGCGCUUACUACGCAUCUAUGUCAGCUACUGCCAGCAGCGAUUCGAAUAGUGACCAGAAGCAGGUCCCGUGGCGACGACAGCGCCGAUCUAAAGCGUGCUUGCACUGCCACAUGAAGAAAAUAAAGUGUGAGGGUGACGGGCCCGCAUGCAUGAAUUGCCUGCGCAAUGGAAUCGACUGCCAGUGGGUGCAGACGAAGAAGCGCGGGCCGAAGCCCAAAGCCAAGACCACCGGCACACCCCCGCGGCAGAAGGACGCCGAAGAUGCCAAGGACGCUGCGAACCAGCCCCUCCUGCAGUCAAGCACCAUAUCCAGCCCAACCAGCAUCGGCAUAAACAGCCCGGCAGUGACCUCGUCCGAGCAAGACACCAUGUCGCCAGCGCUGACCGUCUCGACCUCAGCCGUUGGCGAGAAUGAAAGCAAGAGCUCUGGAACGCUCAAUAGUGGAGCUGCUGCUAUACGGUCUGCGGUGUCGACACCCCCAGUAACAGCCUCACUACCGGCCAUCAGCGUCAGGCGGUCAAGGGAGCCCAUGCCGUUUGACGAGCUGAUGCGCCAGUUCCAUUCAGACAAAGUUCCGAAGGAGUCGCGCGACGCCGUCACCUUCUACUUUGACUAUUUUUACGGCGUCUGCCCCAUCUUCCACCCCGCCACGUUCAUCCGGCGACUCAUCGACGGCGAAAUAGACCCCAUUCUGAUCGACUCGAUGCGCGCGACUACGGCGCGCAUCAUGUCCAAGCACACGGGCCAGCACAUUGACGUCGAGCAGCUGAUGACCGACGUCAAGGAGCGGUUACUACUGGGUCUGGACAGGCCGACUGUCGACUAUGUGCGGGCCGUCGUCAUAAUGGCAUCCCUGGCCGGCGGCGAGGGGCAGUUUAUCUCGUACAACUCGCUGACAUGUCUGGCAACCAGUCUUAUCACUCGCCUGGGCUGGCACAUGAUGGAUCUCAACAAGCGUGCAGAGGGCAUGCCGUGGGACGAGUGGUGCGAGCAGGAGAUCAAGCGGCGCACGUACUGGGUAACGUACCAGAUCGACAGCUACCAGGGAUACCUUGCCGACCGCCAGAUGACAUUGCCCGUGUCUCGUCUGUACAUUUGGCCACCCGGGUGCGAUCCUGUGUGGGAGGACGUCUCGGUGCCGCAGAUCACAGAGUGGCCGACACAGCACAGCCCCGCAGUCUCGGAGGAAUAUCUGAGCGAGACUGGCUGCAUGUCAUAUGCGUUUGUUGAAAUGACGGAGCUAACCCGAAUCAUCACUCGCUUCAACAGGUUCCUGUGGGACGUCAAGAUCAACAACAUGGUGCAGCUGUCAAACCCCGCAUACACGGCGCAGUACCAGUUUCUGGAUUGCCCCGACCCAGUGGAUAUGCCCCGACUGGCGCGCAACGGCACAUUGACAGACUAUGCCGAGUUUGUCCGGCUCAGUGAUACAUUGUUUGCAUGGCGAGACAGACUGGUGCCGGCCGAGAAGCUGCGCUCCGGUGCCGCACCCAUGCGGGACAUCUCCGAGUUUGGCAGCCUAUCACACCGCCGAUUCCUGACGCGUGUGCGCUUCUUCUGCCUGCGCUGCUACUUCACGCCCAUGAUCAUCGGCUUCCACCAGUGUAACCGCCCGUCGUUCUUCCUUGACCCCGAGAGCAUGAGCUCGCGCGGCACCCCGGGUGCGCCUGACCGUGCGUCGCCAGCCAAGAGCGACUGCAUCGAGGACACGGUGAUCCGCGAGAUGCUUGGCAUGGCGUUUGCGGACAACUGGAAUGACGGGCUGCGCGCGUACGACGUCAACGAGGACUCGUGGAAUGUGUGCGUGCGUGAGGCAUAUGACCUGGAGAGGCAUCUGGAUCGCAACAGCGAUAUCCCAAUGGACCGGUGCGACCAGGUCAUGCCACUCUGCCUGUUUACGGUCAUCACAGUAUUGCUGAGGCAGAUACGCAUGUGCAGGCGCAAGAUCAGUGACGGCGCGCCCAAUGAGCGCGCACUGCUCGCUGAGGUUUCCAACUGCGGCCGUCUGCUGAGGCGCUACUGGACCAUGCUGCAGGAUCUUGGCUUCAUGUGGGGCGUCAAGGGCAUGGAGCAGCUGCUCAGGGUCAUGCAGAUUGAGGAGAUAGCGAAUGCCGCCGACAUGUUCUCAGGGCUCUCCCUGUGA